GCAACUCCGACCACCGCGACUGAUCGUCAGCCUGCCUGCUCCCUCGCUCGCGCCUCACCACCAGCUACUGCUGCGGCGUCCCAUCGGAUCGCAUCCAACCCGCUGCAACCUACUGCGGUCGAAGCUCUACACCCCCCACCAAAGCUACCAAAGCUGUCAACCCACUCUCAACCCUCUCCGAGCUUCCGAUCGACAAACUCAAUCCAACCGGGUCGGCCGACAAAUCGCUCGCUUUUGCGAUCGCACUACAUCUGCGCGCAGCACCUACCCACCUACGCCACCUUCACAGGCAGCAAUCAGGCAACAGCCAGGCCAUCGCCUACAUAUACCUCCCCCCACUCGGACACUCCCCGCAGUGUCCAACUACCACAAACAUGGCUUCCGCAAUGAAGCGCGGCGACCCCUUUGGCAACCGCGGAUCCGCGGCCAAGAAGCGCCACUACAACAAUCGCUCCGACAGGGACGGCGAUGUCCUCAUGGACGCCCGCCCCCGCGACCAAAACCGCAUCGGAAAGAACAAGCCUCGCGGAGGUUCUGGCAGAGGUCCCUCCACCCGCGGCAACCACAAUGCCGCUGCCCUCGAACGCGGAGUCAUGCGUUCUGUUGCCGCCGGCGAAGUCAUCCCCAAGGCUCCACGCCCACCACCUGUCGGCAAGAAGGAGAUUCGCAUCUCCAACUUAGAAAACAACAAAGCUUCUUCAGACAGUGAUGACAAAGGUGUCAGUUCUUUGAUCGACUUCAUCCAGAAGCGAGCUACCAACACCAUGAUCAAGCGGGGCAACCGUCGCAUCACCACCAACAACCCCGUUAGGAUCAAGAAAUACACUGUCGAGAGCGAUGACGCUGUCGUCAUUUCCGUGCCUUCGGAUGAAGGCGCCCAGAUCCUCCGUAUGAACGGCUAUCAGUGGGCUGGCAAGACCCUUGCCAUCAAGGAAGUCGGCGGCAGACGCUCCUCAUCGCCCACCCAACAAGAAUCGGCUCAAACUACUCAACUCCGUGCGGCCUUACAGUCCAUGCUCUCGCGCCGCUACGAUCCUGAGAGCAAGCUUCUCAACCUCACCAACUUGGGCCAAGACCCCGACCUCAACGCGCUCGGUUUGUUCGACAUGGCUGUCACCCAGUCAAAGCUCUUCCCAGCUCUCAUGAAGACCUGCGACGACGUCUUCAAGACCCGAGAGGAAAAGCGUGAGAAGUUUCUGAGCGUCACUCUCGCCAACAACGAGCUCACGUCUGUCGCGCCCGUCACCACUUUGGCAGCCACUUUCCCUGACCUCAAGAAUCUCGACUUGUCCAACAACAAGCUAAACGACCUGGCUUCCCUGGAGAGCUGGAAGCGCAAGUUCAGACACCUUGAUCACCUUAUCCUGAGCGGCAAUCCUAUUGAGCAAUCCAUUCCGGACUUCAACGUCGAAAUCACCAAGUGGUAUCCGAGUCUCCGUUUCCUUAACAACAUCCAAGUUCGCUCCGACGAGGAAGCUGCUCGUUCGGGACGCGGAUCCAAGAACCCACCUCCACCCGUCAAGGGUUCCACUGUCAACGAUCCCAGCGGCAUCGCACAGACGUUCGUCACCAACUUCGUCGCCGGCUUCGACGGUGAUCGCAACGCCAUUCUCAACACCUACUACGACGGCGACUCCAAGUUCUCUUUCGCCGUCAACAGUGUCUCUAUGCGGGAUCCCGCCUCUACCGAAGCCUUCACCAAGGCGGAAUGGGCCGACUACAUCAAGCGCUCCCGCAAUCUCAAGGCGAUCACGACUCUACCUGCGCGCAUGUCCCGCAUCUUCACCGGCGUGGACCAGGUCCGCUCCGCCUUCGAGACUAUCCCGCCCACGAAGCACGCCGACCUGAUCACCGAGCCCCAAAAGUGGGCCAUCGACUGCGUGCCUAUCCAGCCUGUUCCUGACCCCACCGGCCAGUAUCCUCAGGGUGUCAGCGGACUCCUUGUCACCCUCCACGGCGAAUACCACGAGAUUGACGUCUCGACCGGCCAGUCGAAAAAACAACGCUCUUUCGAUAGGGUCUUCACCCUGGGCCCCGGCGGCCCCACGGGCGUCCGUGUCCUCAACGAUGCCCUGACCCUCCGCGCCUACGGCGGCUUCGCGAUGUACCAGCCGGAGCCGGAGCCGACCAUGGACCCGCAGCAAGCGAUGCUGAUAGCGGAGCUGAGCCGCGUCACGGGCAUGAACGAGACGUACAGCAAGAUGUGCCUCGAAAACGGCAACUGGGACCCGCAGACGGCGCUGGGCCUAUUUGAGCAGGCCAAGCCCACGCUCCCGGCCGAGGCAUUCGUUGCUGCUCCCCCGAUUUGAAAAAGUUUUCUCUCUUUGCAUCACCUGGCAUCAGCGCGGCCGCUUUUGGCCGAUUUUGACGAUACCCACA